AUGAAGCUCGGCCAUCCUGCACCAACUGCGCCAAGCGCCAUUCCGAAUGCAGGCGACCCAGUACCGGCACUACGUUCAUCCUUGAGUUCUACUCCAGGAACUGGAACAGGGGAUCCCCUCGGAAUCCUGGGUCAACUCGGCAACGAAAAUGCCGCAACCCCAGGGGGGCCAUCACUGAACCUUCAAGACCUGGAAUUGAUGAUACAGUGGUGCAACACGACGUUCCACACACUGUCGCGUAACGAGAUAACAGAUCCAAUCUGGCGCAAUAUAGUGCCCGAAGAGGCUCUCUCGCACCCAUUUCUCAUGCACGGUAUCCUGGCCCUGUCAGCGCUGCAUCUCGCUCGAACGGGGCCGGAUCCGACCCGUCGCGCGUCAUAUCUCAAUCGCGCCGUCGGUCACCAGAACCAAGCGCUGGCGCUGUUCAGGGAGCUUCUGGGUGACGUAACAGAGAGUAAUGCCAAGGCGAUGUUCGCCUUUGCAGGCAUUGUGGUUAUUUACACGUUUGCAUUCCCGCAUACGCCGGAUGUGCAGGAUCCGUGGUCCUGCAUCGACGAUUUGUACCAAGUUCUGGUUUUGACGCGCGGCGUGCAGCAGGUUAUCCAUUCGCCGCGAAACUUUACGGAUUUUCUACGUGAUAGUUCUUUUGGACCGAUUUUGCGGACUGAUGAAGUUGAGUCUCCGAUUCCUGAGCAUGCGGUUGCUAUGCUCAAACAACUGCGCGAGGCGAACCAAAUCUGCGGGUCACGGGAUGUGAAUCACGAAGUGCACGUUUAUGAAGGGGCCAUUCUGAAUCUGGAGGAAAUGCUCAGUUGGUGUUACAGCGGAAUCAGGGCAACUACGAUUGCCGGGAGGUUCGCGAUCCGCUUGAAACCUCGGUUUAUGGAGUUGCUGCGUGAACGAGACCCUUUGGCGCUAGUUAUGCUAGCGCACUAUGGUGUGCUCCUGCACUAUUUGGAGCAUCGCUGGUGCUUUGGAGACUGGUGUGUUAGGGUCUCGAAGGCUGUGUGGGCAAUACUAGAUGAUCGGUGGAGGCCGCUGCUCCAGUGGGCAAUGAGAGAGACUCUCGGUGUUAACUUUCUGGAACAGGUUAACACUUAA